UGGUGGUGGUGGCAGCAAUGGAAGCAAUGGAAGAAGUGUCGGCUGGAAGGGUGGAGGUGUGUGCGGUGCGUCAGCGAGGCCCUGGCCUCCCAUAUCGUCGAGGUCCCGGUCUUCGCUAGAUGGCCCUGCAGCCGGACGGCUGGCGCGUGCGUGGCGGGGAGUGGCGGCUUGCAUCAGUGUACCUGUGUCAGCCGUGAGGAUGAGCGGUGUCUGGCUGAGGUCCCAUUGCGCCGCAGUUGGGACGGGCGGCGCCCACACCCGCACUCCGGGCUGUUGAGCGCGGCGCAGCCACGCUGUCGGCAGGCCGCUCAGGCCCGCCCUGAGCACCGGCCGCAGCAGCAGCAACGCUCGCGACGCUGCUUCUGCUGCUGGUGGUUGAGGUGGUGGCGGUGGCUGUUCGUAGCCGCCCCCGCCCACCAGCACCAGCAGUGUCCCCCUCAGGAGGAGGAGGCGGACGGCGGGCACCAAGACGGGCUGCCGCGCCCGGAGGGAGACGCGCUGGGCCAGGCGCAGCACAAAUCAGCGAAAAAGCGCCCCCAACAGGGCCAGGGGAGCCGGGCAGGCCCGCCCAACGGCGACGACAGCGGGAGCCCCAAGCAGGGCGGCGGCGGCGGCGGCAGCAGCAGCAUGGCGCUGGCCAAGGCCGCGACAACCCCGCCUGGUCACUGCUUCGUCAAGCGCACCUUCCACAAGCCCGUCUACUGCCAUCACUGCACCGACUUACUCUGGGGCAUCAUCGGCCAAGGAUACACCUGCGAGGUCUGCAACUUUGUGUGUCACGACAAAUGCCUCAAGCCGGUCGUGUCGCCAUGCUCCAGCGUGGCCUCCACCCUCGUGAAGACUCCGGUGGCUCAUUGCUGGUCGGAGCCAAUUCACGUUCGCCGCCGCCACUGUAAUGUCUGUCGCAAGAAGCUGGACGACACCCUAGCCCUGAAAUGUGAAGUGUGCGAGUACUUUGUGCACGUGGACUGCGAGGACUUCGUGGUUCCAAACUGCAAGGACUGCGCCAUCUUUAUCUUGGACAAGACUCUUCCCCAAGUGGUACAACAACACCACUGGCGCGAGGGAAACCUACCUGCCAACUCAAAAUGUGUGGUGGACAAGAAGACAUGUUGGACUGCCGAGUGUCUGGCGGGGCUGCGGUGCGAGUGGUGCGGCUACACGGUGCACGCCAGCUGCUCCAGCAGGGUGCCGGAGACAUGCACCUUUGGACUGCUGGAACCCAUCAUGCUGCCCCCGAGUGCUGUAAGCAUCCCACGAACAGAGGUGCCCAUGGAAGCCAUCAUCGGGGUACAGAACAGGAGGAAGGACACGCUCUCCCGCGAAUGUACGUCAAGGAGCAUCUCUGAGGAGUUCGUGAGUGAGGGCUACAAGGCGCGUGAGGCUGAGGAACCAGCCAUGAGGGAGAGAUCCAAGGACAGGGAUGAGAAAGACGAAGAAGUAGUCAAGGUGUUUGAUGGCAACAGCUCACAGAGGCGCCGCAUGUUCCGCCCCAUCACAAUCUCUAAGACUGCUUCGGUGUCGGAGUUCCUGACGGCUGCGCUGCGUGCUUUCCACCUGCCGCAGGAGGUCGGCAAUACCUACCUGACGGACGCCUCUGCUGCCGAAGAGACGGAGCUGACUGAUGCCUUGCCCGUGUCCAAGCUGACCCGUCGGGAUGGCAAGCGACCAGCAGUGUUCCUCAGAUACAGGGAGAAAGGCAAUGAUGAGGGCCAAAUCCACGUGUACCCGUCUCGCCUGGGCGGUGCCGUGGGCGUGGAACAUACUGUGCUGCCCGUCACCUCCCACACCUGCGUUACUGAAGUCAUCUCGCUGGCCCUCAAGAAGUUCGACCUCCCUGACGCCAACCCAGAGGACUACCGCCUGGUGGAGGUUAUGCUGGACAAGGGAGUAUCGGAGAGGGUGAUGGAGAACUCUGAGCGCCCGUGGGAGUUGAUGAAGGCCGUGGCAAGGGAGAGUGUGCGGCAGAUGGAGAUGAUGCGUUUCUAUCUCCAGCUAGCCAAGGAUCCCCACGGUUCCAACAUCGCUCUCUUCGUCGGCAACCUUCCCCCGAACUUAUCCCAGCGCCAGUACGACAACAUACUGACUGACAUCCUCGGAAACGCUGCCGGCUACAAGUACUCCAGUAUCGGCCCCAUCUACUACGAGUACGGGUCAAUGGUCAUUACUUACGAGGACUCUGACUUGGCUGUGCGGGCCUUCUACACCCUGAGGGAAUCCCGCUACGACGACAAGACUCUGCUGGUGAUGCUGCUGCCCAACGUACAGCCCCAGCUCAUCCCCGAUGGUGUCCAGCCGCUGCUCGUAUUCGUCAACGUCAAGUCUGGCGGGUGUCAGGGCCUGCAGCUCAUCCACUCCUUCAGGAAGCUCCUCAACCCUUACCAAGUGUUCGACUUGGACAAUGGAGGACCGCUGCCAGGGUUGUAUGUGUUCCGCAAGGUGAAGAGCUACAAGAUCCUGGUGUGCGGCGGAGACGGAACCAUUGGCUGGGUGCUGCAGUGCUUGGACAACGUUGGGCAGGACUCGGAAUGCGAACACCCCGCCUGCGCCAUCGUUCCCCUGGGCACAGGCAACGACCUGGCUCGUGUGCUGCGCUGGGGCCCGGGCUACAACGGCGGCGAGGACCCCAUCAACCUGCUGAAGGACGUAAUAGAGGCCGAGGAAGUGAGGCUGGACCGCUGGACUGUGGUGUUCCAUGUGGAUGAGAAGAUGGAAGACAAACCCACCCAGACCAACUCCACCGCCGGGUCCACCAGCGAGGACAACACCCAGAUCUUCGUGAUGAACAACUACUUCGGUAUCGGCAUCGAGGCAGAGCUGUGUCUCGACUUCCACAACGCCCGCGAAGAGAACCCCAACAAAUUUAACAGCAGGCUGCACAACAAGAGCGUAUACGUCAAGAUGGGGCUGCGCAAGAUGGUCUCUCGUAAGCUGUGUAAGGACCUGCACAAAGAGAUACGCCUCGAGGUGGACGGCAAGCCUGUAGAAUUGCCGCCGCUGGAGGGAGUCAUCAUCCUCAACAUUCUGUCUUGGGGGUCAGGAGCCAACCCGUGGGGGCCAGAGAAGGACGACCAGUUCAACAAGCCCAACCACUGGGACGGACACCUCGAGGUUGUUGGUGUGACUGGCAUCGUCCACCUCGGCCAGAUCCAGUCAGGCCUGCGAUCUGCCAUCCGCAUCGCCCAAGGAGGUCACAUCCGUAUCAAGCUGAACUCCGAGCUACCGGUUCAAGUGGAUGGUGAACCGUGGAACCAGGCGCCCGGCGAGGUGGUGGUUCUCAAAUCAGCCCUCAAGGCCACAAUGCUCAAGAAGAGUAAGAUCAAACGACGCAACACCGAGUCUUCUCUUCAGGGACCCAAUGGCGACAGGGACCCCGCCGAGCCCUAGACCUCCCCACCCCACGCCACCCCACCCGCCUCCCUUCCAUAAAAACCAACCCUUGGAACCCUAACCCAAAAUUCCCUCCUUUAAUUCCUAUCCUUAAAUCUGUCUUUAAAAUCCUGUCCACAUGAUCCUACACUCUGAAAGCCUGACCAAAAAGAAUCUUGCCACUAAAAUCUCUUCUAAAGUCCUUCCCUUCAGAUUCUGUCGUGCUUGCCUAGCAUGCUAACACCUUGAAGAGUUUCCUGAAGUGCCUCAUACACAUUCCCUAAGCCUUCUUUUGUCUUUUAUCCUUGAAUUAAAAGCCAACCAUAUUGCAACCCUGUUUUUUCCCCUAGAUAUACCUUAACCUUCACACAUCACCCUUAAUCCUUUAAUCUUCCACCCUGCUCAUGUUUUUUUUUUUUUUCCAGUGAGAACCUCUUCCGUCUUUUAUUCUCUGAUUAAUUUUUUGUUGUUUUUAUUUUUCCUUUCUUCUCAUUGAAAACCUUUUAUUCAUCUCAGGUUCUCAUGGUUCUCUUUACCUUCCCUUCUCCGUUCAAAUUUCUUACGUGUAUCAUUGUUUUAUCUUUCAAAAAACCACACAGUUCCCUAAACUUCCCUCACCGGUGUCCCUAAGGCCGCCUCCAUCCCUCAACUAACCUCCCCUGCGCGCCCCCGCCUCCUGCUCCCCACCUCCACCCAGCGCCUCGGUAAUUGUAGCCUUUCCUUACCUAACUACAGUACGCUUGUCUUUCUUAGCUGCCUUGAGCCGCCAUACUUCCAAUGCUUCUUUGUCCCUCUGAAUGUAGCAAUGAUAAACCUCUUCUCUCUCUCUCUCUCUCUCUCUCUCUCUCUCUCUCUCUCUCUCUCUCUCUCUCUCUCUCUCUCUCUCGCUUUAUCCUGAUGACCUUUUCCUCCUGUCGUUAAGUCUUACAAAUCCCCGGGCGAGCACAAACACAGUAACGUAACCGUCCGGCUUCUUUCGUCUCGAUCUGUCUCGAGUGCUAUUAUUAUUAUUAUUAUUAUUAUUAUUAUUAUUAUUAUUAUUAUUAUUAUUAUUAUGAUUAUUGUUCAUGCUCCUGUUGCUGUUUCUUUCGAUCAUACUUUACUGUGAGUUUCUCGUCUGCCUUCCUUUUUUUUUCUCUGACUCUCUCUUUGUGUGUGUGUGUGUGUGUGUGUGUGUGUGUGUGUGUGUGUGUGUGUGUGUGUGUGUGUGUGUGUGUGUGUGUGUGUGUGUGUGUUUGCGAGUUCGCUUCUUGUUCGUUUUCUGAAUGAGAGAAUGUUUCAUAUGCUCCUCCUCCUCCUCCUCCUCCUCCUCCUCCUCCUCCUCCUCUUACUGCUGCUGCUGCUGCUGCUGCUGUUACUAUUCCUGCUAUUCUUUCCUCUUCCUCCUCUUACAUCUGCUACUCUUUCCUCUUUGACCUGCUUUUGUUUCUCCUCUUCUUCCAACUCUGCACUACCUUUCACCCAUAUUGCGAUCUUUUUUUUUCUUUUCUUUUUCCGUAACGCUCUUCCAGCAAAUUCACACGUCUCAAUUUUUACUGUCAUUCCCUCCUCCUCCUCCUCCUCCUCCUCCUCCUCCUCCUCCUCCUCCUCCUCAUCUUCUUCCAUUUCCUCAUAUUUCUCCUCCCCGUACG